AUGGUAGUUAUAAAUUUGAGCCAGAAUUUGCUCAGAUCCUGUUGUCAUCACCAACAAGGUGUACGUCUCAUUACCUAUCUACAUUCAGGACCUCGUGUACGUGGGUUGAAAAGAGAUCCUGUUAGUUACUUAAAGAGCCCCAAUGGAAUCUCAUAUACGGAUGUUAAACUCUCGGAAUAUAAGUCAAAGGUCCAAAAUGCUUUACAGUUCGAAAGAUGUGGAAUUGAUCUUCCUGAGGGACUAGUUUUACAAUGUUUUACCCAUAAGUCAUUCGCACAUGGCUCUAAACCAUAUAAUGAAAAGUUGAACGUGUUAGGAUCUCAAUUCCUUAAAUAUCAGGCCGCUAUUCAUUCACUAAGGCACAAGGAUCAAUUAUCACCAGUACCUUCAGAUAACGUCCAACAACCAUUAAAUGGACUUAAUUUCACAAAUUUGGGAACCGCUGUAGCCAAGUUAAUCAUUUCCAAAAUUUCUACAGCACAAUAUAUCAAGGAAAAACAAUUAGAUUCUUUAAUUUUUUGGAAAAUGAGAGAUGCUACAAAGGAUGGUCGUUAUAAUGGUGAAAACACGGUUUUCACUAGUGCAUUGAAUGCUCUUGUAGGAGCAAUAUUAAUCAGUAAUGGUCCUGAGAAAGCUGCAAAUUUCGUUCAACAAGUACUUUUGAAUGGGGAAAAUGAUGUCAAUCUCGUUAAAAUUGCUAACCAACAAUCUCAAGUGUUAUCAGCUAAAUCAUGA